CUAUGAAAAGAUUUGGAACAAGAUAUUCAAGAGACAGUAUUCGAUAUUGAAGUGUAAAGACGAAGCAUCACAACUACGGAAGCACAGCGUUGCCACUAUUCACACAAAUAAUUCAUCAAAGUUCAGAAGACACAUGUCCAUUGCAGAGGAACCCGAAGAUGAACAAGAACAACUAGACAAAUCUGAAGAUAACACCAGCUUUGAUAUGGUACAAUCUUUCAAUAACGAGGAUAUCUCCAAACUGGUUAACGAGUUAACUUUGCCUGAACUGGUGUUGUCUGCCGAUGAUAUAGAUACCAAAUCUAUAGUGCAGAUGUCGCCCAUGGGUAAAGACGCGAUGAAGUACGAACAAGAACAUGAGCAUAUUCAUAAAUCUCCCUCGAAUUGGUCAAAGCUGUUCAAACCUUCGUAUUUCGAUACAGAGGAGGAAUGUCUAUGUAAAGUUGAGAACCAUAACAGCUCCAUGAACGUCGGCUUAACCAAUAUCCCACGGUUGAGUAUUUCCACUUCGAAUGGUGACCAGGAAAGUGUGUUGGAAUACAACGAAUCUAUAAAGCAAAGAGAAGAAAGAGAGAUGCUAAAAAAUGAACUGGAGAAGAAGUUCAGAGAAAUCAUCCACACGUAUGUUUCGAGGGAUUCUCCAUAUGAGAUCAAUUUGCCCGAUGACAUAUAUAACGAUUUGAUACAAGAGGCACACAACGAGAAAGUGCUGUACCAUUCGCCAAUGGUUCUGUUGCCUGCGAAGAACAUUGUCCUGCAGCUUCUAAGAGAGAAUAUCUACUACAAAUUUCUAUCAGAGCAGGAGGACCUCCUAUCCAAGGAUGAAUCUUUGAAAUCAGACUGCGAGGACUUGCAUCCCAUUGCCAGCUCUCCGUCUUCGAUAACGAGCUCUGCACUACACACAUCAUUCGACAAAGUACCGACACAGCUAACGAGGAGAACGACCCCCACGAACACCAGCACCACCAC